GAAUUUCUAGGAUUUCAGAGUGUAGAAACAAUGGCUACAACUUCAAACAAAGACUGUGAGUCUGCAACAUGGAGAAAAGAUGAAGUAGAUGCUUUUGUAAAAUGCAUGGUUGAGGAGGUGAAGAAAGGGAACAAGACCACCAGUACUUUCAACAAGGUAGGGUGGAACAACAUUAAAACUCAGCUUGAGGCUAAAUUAGGGCGUACAUUUGUAAUGUUACAGCUCCGAAAUAAAAUGAACAAACUCAGAAGGGAUUAUAGGAGUUUCAAAAAACUGUUGGAAACAUCAGGCUUUGGCUGGAAUUUGGUGACGAGAACUUGCACUGUAGAGGAUGAUGGUAUCUGGGAAAAGCACAUUAAGGAAAACCCAAGCUGGUCAAGAUUUAAGAGAAUUGGAUUACCCCAGUGGCCAGAGUUGCAGAUGAUAUAUGGUGAUUCUUAUUCAAGUGCAAUUGAAGGAGUUGGAAAUGCUCAGGAUCACAACUUGGAUGAGGAGGAUGAAUUUGUUAUGGGUAUGGGUGAAUCUGAUGGAGAUGGGGAUGCCCUUUCAGUUACCCACCAGCUUGACAAGACCCCAAAUGCCGCGAUAAGGAAGAGGAGUAUGACUACAGAUCUCGCAGAGGCCAUAAUGAACAUGUGUGAUGUAUCUCGAGCCAAAAUGCAGAGGUACACCUCAUCCGCAUCUCCAUCUCUCCGUUCUGGGAGUACGGAUUACAGCUUGAGAGAGUGUAUUAAAGUGUUGGAAGCUAUGCCAGAGAUCGGGAAGGAACUAUAUAUGAAAGCAGUAAGGAAGAUGAUGGAUAGCCAACCAUGGAGAGAGGCUUUCAUUUGUUUACCAAUGGAAAAGAAAAUGUGGCUUUUGGAGUAACUGGAGUGAUAUUUUGUUUUUCUUUUGAGUGUAGUGGAUGGUUUCAUUUUAGUGUUUCUGAAAGAUGUUUAAGUACUUGUGUUGAAUUACUUAUUGGUAACUUGGAUGUUAGUUCUAUGAUGUUUAUCUGUAUUUUUCUUUUCCAGUAUUAUUUAGGAGAAUGGUUGGUA